GGGGAGUCGCGGAGGGGAGGGGUGAAAAUGGGCUUGUGGGACUGACGCACGCGCAUUGGGAUACCAGAGCCCCGCCUCCGGCUCCAGGUUUCCCCUCCUCCUUCACCACCCUCCCGGAAGUGGAGCCGCCCUCGCGCCCACCAGCGGCUACCCCCUGCGGCAGGCCCCGCCCACAAGGCUCCGCCCCCCCGGCGCUCCGCCCCCUCCUCUGGUAGUGGCGCCGGCUUGCAUCCCAGGUCUUGGCGGUUUUGGUGCCUGAAGCAGGGAGCGCGGAGUCGUUCCCGAGAGAGGCGGCCAGGCUAUGCUCGCCGGUUUCCGGCGUUCCGCUCCGGCCAGCCAGAGUCUCUGUCUCAACCUGUGUCCGUGCUCCAGCAGUCUCCUCAGCCCGGCCCCGCGGCGCCGUUGGCGGCGGCGCCCCAGGCGCGCCCCCUCCUCCGAUGGCGGCGGAGAUCCAGCCCAAGCCUCUGACCCGCAAGCCGAUCCUGCUGCAGCGGAUGGAGGGGUCCCAGGAGGUGGUGAAUAUGGCCGUGAUCGUGCCCAAAGAGGAGGGCGUCAUCAGCGUCUCCGAGGACAGGACAGUUCGUGUUUGGUUAAAGAGAGACAGUGGACAGUAUUGGCCAAGCAUAUACCAUGCAAUGCCUUCUCCAUGUUCAUGCAUGUCUUUUAACCCGGAAACAAGAAGACUGUCCAUAGGUCUAGACAAUGGUACAAUCUCAGAGUUUAUAUUGUCAGAAGAUUAUAACAAGAUGACUCCUGUGAAAAACUAUCAAGCGCAUCAGAGCAGAGUGACGAUGAUCCUGUUUGUCCUGGAGCUGGAGUGGGUGCUGAGCACAGGACAGGACAAGCAAUUUGCCUGGCACUGCUCUGAGAGUGGGCAGCGCCUGGGAGGUUAUCGGACCAGUGCUGUGGCCUCAGGCCUGCAAUUUGAUGUUGAAACCCGGCAUGUGUUUAUCGGUGACCACUCAGGCCAAGUAACAAUCCUCAAACUGGAGCGAGAAAACUGCACCCUGGUCACAACAUUCAGAGGACACACAGGUGGGGUGACCGCUCUCUGUUGGGACCCAGUCCAGCGGGUGUUGUUCUCAGGCAGUUCAGAUCACUCUGUCAUCAUGUGGGACAUCGGUGGGAGAAAAGGAACAGCCAUCGAGCUCCAAGGACACAACGACAAAGUCCAGGCCCUCUCCUAUGCACAGCACACGCGACAACUGAUCUCCUGUGGCGGUGAUGGUGGGAUUGUCGUCUGGAACAUGGACGUGGAGAGGCAGGAGACCCCUGAAUGGUUGGACAGUGAUUCCUGCCAAAAGUGUGAUCAGCCUUUCUUCUGGAACUUCAAGCAAAUGUGGGACAGUAAGAAAAUUGGUCUAAGACAGCACCACUGCCGCAAGUGUGGGAAGGCUGUCUGUGGCAAGUGCAGCUCCAAGCGCUCCUCCAUCCCCCUGAUGGGCUUCGAGUUUGAAGUGAGGGUCUGUGACAGCUGCCACGAGGCCAUCACAGAUGAAGAACGUGCACCCACAGCCACCUUCCAUGACAGUAAACAUAACAUUGUGCAUGUGCAUUUCGAUGCAACCAGAGGAUGGUUACUGACUUCUGGAACUGACAAGGUUAUUAAGUUGUGGGAUAUGACCCCAGUCGUGUCUUGAUGACUCUCCCAGGAAUCAGAAAGAUAGUAUUUACUAAAGAAACGGUUGUUUUAACCCAAAUCAUUACCAGAGUGGUAAAGCAGACAUGUGAGAAGUAAGAAAGAAACUAAAGACCCUGAAUGAAUUUGCAGAUUACCCAUGUGCACAGUGGGGACCUGGCGAGUGAGCACUCAUAAGGGGACUCUUCCAACUUGUUCAUACAAUAUAAAAGAAGCUAUUUUUUUAACAAAUGGUUUAUACAGUCUGGCUGUGCUGCAUUGUUUUGAGUGUACCGAAAAAUCUGUGUGGGGUGUUUAAUUUUUAUACUUUUCAACACCCCAUUUUACUUGUUGCUUUGUCAGAGAAAUAAGGGAAGUAUCUACUCAGAGUAUUUUGGUCAUUAUACUUUCUGUGUUUACUUCAACAUGUGUCACGUGGCCAGCGGCUUUUUCUUCUUUUCCCUCUGCACCUACCUGCACCUUCUCUGCCUUUCCUAGAGGGGAUGUAUUUAUGUUAUUUAUUCCCAGUGUUUCUGCUUUCAUGUCCUCCUCAGUGGAGAGAUUUGGAAACUCAUCAUGUGGAUUCACCAGCCAGCUGCUGGAAUCGCCUGAAGAGCGAUUUGUUUGUAAUGUCUGCCUCAUUCAUGUUCUUAUGAAGUAGAAAAGACUGUGUUUCUGCCUCAGUUGCCUCUGUCUUUCCCACAUUAAAAAAAAAAAAUGCUGUGAGAAAGCUGCUCCCAACCAUGGUUAUCACAGAAGUAGGUUAUUUUUUUUUUGAGACGGAGUCUCGCUCUGUUGCCCAGGCUGGAGUGCAGUGGUGCAAUCUCGGCUCACUGCAAGCUCCGCCUCCCGGGUUCACGCCAUUCUCGUGCCUCAGCCUCCCGAGUAGCUGGGACUACAGGCGCCCGCCACUGCGCCCGGCUAAUUUUUUGUAUUUUUAGUAGAGAUGGGGUUUCACCGUGGUCUCGAUCUCCUGACCUCGUGAUCCGCCCACCUCGGCCUCCCAAAGUGCUGGGAUUACAGGCGUGAGCCACCGCGCCCGGCCAGUUAUUUUAACUCAGAGCUUCAACGAUCAGUGCCUGGAUCAUUUAGAAUUCAGUUGGAGCCUCCUGAGCCUCUUAUGUUUUAGCUUUUUUGACGCAGCUCUCCCUCACUCGUAACAAUGAAAACAAAUGACACACACACAAAAUCCUACAUCAGCGGCCCUCAACCUUGUUGGCAGCAGGGACCGGUUUCAAAAUGAAACUGUUCCACCUCGGAUCAGCAGGCAUUAGCUUCUCAUAAGGAGCACGCAACCUAAAUCCCUGGCAUGCACAGUUCACAAUAGAGUUUCUGCUCCUGUGAGAAUCUGACGCCACAGCUGAUCUGAUGGGAGGCGGAGCCCAGGCAGUAACACUUGCUUGCCCACUGCUCACCUCUGAUGGGUGCCCCCAUUCCUCACAGGCUAUGGACCAGUACCCAUCUGCAGCCCAGGGUUGGGGACCCCCACCAUACAUGCUCUGAAAAUAAGUGUCUUUAAGUUGUGUUUUUCUGUGUGACAUCAUCUCUGAACUUGAACAUGUUCAUUACGGCAAGAUUGUAAUCCUGCUGUAUUCCUCGCCCUCUGUAUUCUAUCCCUUUAAAAACUAGAUAUUUAAACAUUUUAUCCUAAUGUGUUUCAUCAGAACACUUUGCACACUUUCUUACUAAAACGGUAUGUGGUUGGUCCGAGACAGAAUGGUACCUACAGCGCAGGCUAUGUUUCUGUGGGAAUGGAAAAGAGGACUUUAGAAAGUGAACCUGAAGAACUCUUAUUUCUAAGGGAAUCCAAUCAAGCUUGAGAAAAUGAAAUAUUCUUGUGUGUAGUGAUUCAGCUCAGGAUAUUGAAGUCCCUUUUAAAAAUCUUAUUUUCACCUGUAAAAAUACAAUAAAAAUUAAUGGCAAGCCUGCGCCAGGUGCCUGCCCCUCCUAAGCACUUUACACGCACAGCUCAUUCAACCUCACAUGUCGGGAGCAUCAGGGAGCUCACCAGUCUCUUGAGGAUCACAGGCCAAUUGCUUGUCCUUCCCGACCCAAGCCCCACCCCACAGUGUCUUGCUCUCUUCUGAUUUUACAGGUUUUUUUGGCAGUAAUACACAUGGGAGUGAAAUUAAAAUCCUCCCUAUUAUUUUCCCUCUUUUCCUGGAAAGCCGUUUUUUGCCCUCACAAUCAUUCAUUACUUCUCUAACUAGGGGGAAGUACUACAAGCUGUCCUCGGGCACUGCCCCUACGUGUGUUUCCCUGGGAUGGGGCCUUGCUAGAGGUGAUUCUGCUGCCCCAGCAUUGGGAAGCAGGACCAGUGCAUGUGCCCCAUGCAGCCACGGUACAUGGAAGCUGUCACUUGAGCCAUCAGACCAGCUCAGCCCAUGUGACCGGAGCUCUGAAGAGGCACACACGCAUGUCCCGCACAGGCUGUUAGCACUUGUCGCCUCGCUGCCCUGGUCCAGACUACCCUUGCUUGCGUCAGUCAAAACUGUUGUAACUACUUUGAGUCUUUUCUGCAUGAUUGCUCUUUGAGAGAACUUUAACAAGGGAAUUAAAUUUAAAAUAUUCAAAUAUCUAUUUUGUAGUUUAUUACUAGAAGCUGCAGCCACUUACUAAGUUGUAUGUAAUAUAGGACUGUGUGUUGGAAAUGAGUAAUAGAGCUGAAUCACUCCAUUUUCCCUUCCUAAACUUUGAGCUUGGCCUGCCGGCAGAGAGAGGAACACAGUAUUAGGGCAGCAAAGGCCCAGGCGCCCAGCAAGCCUGUAUGGGUUCUGAGAUGGGUCUAGAUGCGUUCAGACCUCAUUCGGGAAGCAGAGUGUCCCUGUCAGAUCACAUAUGUCCUCUACAGUCGCUCUGGCCUGUGACCUUGCACGCCACUCUACCUUCUCCCUCCCAGCCCACAGAGCCACUCAGAGGCUGAAGCCACUUCACAGCCCACUGGUGUUGAGAAUCAUCAUCAGAAAACCACAGAUAUGUCAAGGUAUCCAUUGCUCUUUCCUUUUCUCUCAUCUGUGUGGGUGCUUGAAUUUGGUGAAAUGCGUUUAGCAAACCAACUGUGUGUUUGUAAUACUGUGAAUUCUUGAGUUUUGCAUUAAGUGUCUCCCCCAUUUUUGUAAUUUGUAGAGAAAUAUGUGCUGGUGUUGGGUGUCUUCCAAGCAUUUUAUGGAAAUGGAGGCUCCAUUCCUUAGGAGUAAAAGCUGGCGCCAGCACUUGGCUCUUGUUCUAUCUAGGUGAACUCUCAUAAUUCUUGUUUUACCCUGUUGGAUCUGCACUUUACAUAUAUUUUUGCUCUAUUACUUAAACAUAUAGCAGCUCUUACAAAUAAUGCCUAACAUGCCUGUGCUGAGAAAGUGGUAGAUCUACACAUAUCAUACGCAGAGUUGUUCUCUACCUGAUGGGGCAAAACCAACCACAUGCUCUUGGUUCCUCCAAACGAAUGACAUUACUUGACAUUACUGCCUGAGUGUAUCUUCACAAUAGCAAAAUGGUUUGAGAUUAAGCAUUUGGAAUCUUAUGUCAUUUUGUAUGGGGUCAAUCCACCAUAACGUGUUUCUCAUUUGGUUUUAAUUAUUCCAGAAAUCAUAAAGUCACAAAACUGGAAGGGAUCUUCAGAGAUCUAGAGUGUUUCAAGCAGAAAACACAUUAGUUAUACGGGGCAGUUAGAUAUGGCUGAGAUGUAAACAAGAGAAUCUAAAAGAAUGUUCAAGGAAUAGCUGUUUUUGAACAUUACUUAGUAAUGGCAUGAGUGGGAGGAGAGACUUUCAGCACCUUGAGACCCGGCGCUCUCUGGAACCAGCUUUGUUCCUCUUAUCGAAAGCAUAUAUGACACUUUUUUUGGCUCCGGCCCUGUGGUGGGGGAGGUAAUUAUUGCCUUCAUCCACAUAAAUUCCUUCCUAUACAUUCCCCUCAGACCACCCCAGAGGCAAAACUGAAAUGGAAAUCCAGUGGCACUUAAAAUUCACCCUGCCCCAUUUGGCUGCGAUUCCCAGGCUUACAGCACUGCCCUUAUGGAAUAUCACAUUUUCAUUUUCUGAGAUUCAUUUUAUAAAAGUAUAGGCCAGGUGCCAUGGCUCACACCUAUAAUCUGAACACUUUGGGAGGACAAGGUGGGAGGAUUGCUGAGCCCAGGAGUUCAAGACCAGCCUGGGCAACACAGCAAGAUCCUGUCACUACCAAAAAUUCAAAACUUAGUUGGGUGUGGUGGCACACACCUGUAUUCCCAGCUACUCAGGAAGCUGAGGCGGGAGGAUCACUCGAGCCCAGGAAUUCAAGGAUGCAGUGAGCUAUGAUUGCACUACUGCAGUCUAGCCUGAGCGGCAGAGCAAGGCCCUGAAUAAAUAAAUAAAAGUAUAAUUUAUUUUUGCCUAAUAUUAAUCACUUCUUAAGGCCCAAAUUUUUGUUUUUAAGCAAAAGGAUAGCUCUAAGUGUGGGUUGCAGUUACUGGACAUAAAUAUUCACUAAAUGAGAUUCCUUUGGUUAUGGCUGUUCAUAGAAUUUUAAUUCUAUGUCAGUGUUCUUGUUCACUAAGAUAUUUCGAAGUGAGAGAAAGCAUUUUACCAAUACAUUCUUAUUUUUUCUCCUUUAAAAUAAUAUUGAAUUUUUCCUGGUACGAAGACAGAUAUUUAUUAACUUGAUUGGAAAACACAGAAAUUAAGUUCAUGUUGAACACUGAGUUAUCUAGAUGAUCCCUGAGAUUUGAACGUUCAUGUCAACCGUGUUGAGCGCUCACCAGCCACCAGGCUUUAGGCACUGGCAGUGCAAGGUGUCUGAGGCCCAUUCUCAGGCUGGGCACAGGUCACACAGUGAGUAAAUGGGUCUUUUCAGUGCAAUGUGGUUAUGAUAGAGGCAUGCCAGGGUGCCACUAACCCAGCAGGUGUGGCAGGAGGGGCUUCACAGAGGAAAGGGACUUUGAGCUCAGUGUUAAAGGAUGAGGAGUGAGUCAUAAGGGGGAAAAAUGGAAAUGACUUUCCAGGCUUCAGAAACAGCAUAAACAAAGGCCUGAGAGCUGGAGUCAGUGUGGUGUGUCCAGGGAUCACAAGUGGGCUGGAGCUGCCGGAGAACAGCCAAGUGGCUCAGCUGCCAUCCCGGAACUGAGCUCGUCACUAUCAGAUGCUGCUGUUCCCUGGCCUCAGAGGAAAGCAGCACACAGCUCACUGCGAGGGGUUUCCCCAGAGGCUCCUCCUGCAGCCAAUGCUAUUAUUAGUUUAUAUUAUAAUAGUAUCAGUUUCUUUUUCUUUGGAAAUCCCUAGAACUGUUAACUGAAGGUGACUCAGGGUAACUAAUUCUGGAUCUUUGGGUGCACAGCCUCUCACUGGAGUCUGAGAGGAGGAGGUGGAGACUAUUAGUGCACGGCGCGCAACCAGGAAGGACUCACAGACUAACGCCAAAGGUGUGUUGGGCUCAGCUGCUCCACUGUGGAAAAGGAAAGCCCUGGCCCUGUGGCAGGAGGGGAUUGUUCUAGUCAAGUGUGGCAUUGCACGGACAGGCGGUGCCGAGUGUUUGGGUGCAGACACAGGCAGCUGCUGCCCUCCACUUCCUGCUCUUGCAAGUCACAGAUGAUUCCAGUACAAUGUGGGAGGUCCUCCUUACAGGGGCACUUGCAACGGGAAGGCAGAGAGUUUCGUCAAUUCAGGUACAGGUCUGUCUGGGAGACCUGGCCCUGUGGAGGCAGGAACACUGUGCAGGGGCAUGGCAGCGCCUGUCUUUGCUAUCACAUCAUUUGCCUUUUCCUUGUAGGACCCAAAGAUCUAUGUCCAAAACUGAGUCCAGAAACAUCUGCAUUCCUGUUUAAACUUCAGCUCAGUUUCUUAACCAAGAACCACGUCAACCCUCCAGGGUUGUGGUUUGUAUUUUUGCCCUUAAGCAUUAUCUCCUUUCCACCAAGAAGCCUACUUAGGUUUAACACAUGAAAGCAGUGUCUAAAAAUUAGAUUGGUCCUAAAUUGGAAUGGGAUGUCUUCCUUCUUGCAUGUCCCAUACCAGGGAAUUUUUUUAACACACAGUGUAGAGCCUUUGCCAGAGAUGUUGAAAGGGAGAUUAAAGGCUUGAGGGAUGAAUUUGAUCAUCAUUCUUAAAGUCCCUUCCAAUCCUGUGAUUCUCUGAUUCCCUGAGUCUCAUUUAUUAUUGGACAUGCCUAGCCCAUCACCAGUGACCUGCCCGCAUAUUGCUGGCUUCCCUUGGAUAACGGAGAGGCUAUCACCACAUGCCUUUGUUGUCUUCCAUCAUAUCAAGUGAGUUGCUUUCUGGACUUUUUCCAUCUAGAGCCUGCUAGGUUUGGUUUUGGGAAAAGAUGGUGAAGUUUCUUUUCAUGAGUUUGUAGGGAAAAAAAAUUCUUUUUAAAGAUGGUAAGGGUGGAAAUAAUUAAUCAUGGUACCAUCUCAUUAAAAAUAGAUACCUCAAAAUGUUUACCUUUACAAGUCAAGAAGAGUAUCUGACUUUCUUGGAAGUGUCAAGAAUUGCAGGUUGGCUGAAAAGUUAGAUUGAGAAUCUGACCUUGUUACUUAUGAUUCUUUUUUCCCUUGGUUCUCGGGGAUGCAUGAGAAGGUGAGCUGUCACUCACAAAAAAAGGGAAAAUGAUUUGAAAAAAUGUUUCACAUAUACACUUUUUAUCAUUUUAGUGGAUGGCAGCCUUACGUCAGUAGUAUAUGCCAGUAUGAAGUAUGGACCAAAACACUAGUGUCACUUGUAACCAUUGUACUCUUAUGGAUUUGUGUCUUAUACCAUUUGCCUUGCUUUUUAAAUGACUUUGUUUUUCAAGGUACUGUCAUUUUGCAAAAGGAAAUCUUUAUAUGAAAUGUACAAAAACCGUUACUAACUGGACAACAGGGAAGGUGCUGGCCCCACAUUAGUGCCUGCCUACCACUCUCUACUUCUAACCAGGGACACGGAUCUUCCAUUCUCUACAUCCGCCGGACUGCAGCCCAAGUCUGGACCUGGCUGCAGUGGGCAUAUUACCAUAUGGAUAUCUUUUUCUUUCUUUUUUUGAAGUGAGGAGAUUCUUCAGGGGGUCAGGCUGAGAAUGUAAUAAGCCUGACGUUGGAACAGAUUUCUCCCGUGUGGUCUAGCUGGACCCCUCCGGCAUUUGCCACACUCCCUGCCAGUCCUGACAUUGACUUCCUGAAUGUGAUUAGGUGGUAAUGAGCAAGAAUUUCCUAGGAUGUUGAAACAUCUGUAUCCAGGCCCCCAUUCAAAUGCUGCUGAAUAUUGUGAAUGUUUUUACUCCGCUCACUUUCCCACUGUGCUUUCCUCUAACCAAAAUAUACGUGUAGCCAUUACCAAUGUACAACUCUCAAUGCGGAGUUGCCUCCACGGUUUAAAAUAAAUCUCUGUGAAAACCUU